AUGCUUCAUAGAGGCGCCAUUCUUUCUCUUCACUGUGCUAUCUUCAGUGCUGCAUAUGCUCUAGUACUCGUGGUUGCGGCAAAGCCUGAGCUGGCAAACUGCAGUCAUGCAGGUCUUCCUUUUGUGAGAAGCAUCGAUUCAAUUCUGUUGUCAAGCUUUGGCCGCCCUGGGUUGUCUCACGCUACAAUUGCGGGCCAUGUUCACCAUGGUACACAAGAGGUUGAAGUAUGGAUGCAGACCUUUGCUCCCGGAAGUGGAACUCCCAUUCACAGACAUGGAUGUGAGGAGCUGUUUGUAGUCCUUAAUGGUACAGGGAAGCUGCUGUUUGCUCCAAAUGUCCCUGAUCUUGAUGCACAAGGCACAAUGCAGGCUCCAGAAAGGGAAAAGGAGCAAAGCAUACCAGGUCUCCCUGUUUCUAGUCCCAUCAGUGCGAAUAUGACCUUCAUAGUGCCUUCUAAUCAAGUCCAUCAGAUCCUGAACAGCGCUCCUGAAUGUGGCUCAGAGUCCUGCAACUUGCUGCAGCUUCUAGUCAUCAUAUCAGAACCUCCAAUCCACAUAUAUGCCUACAGCUCAUGGGAUCUCCCACAUAGGCAGGCUGUUCUCAAGUUCCCGUACCCGUGGGAUCAAGUGUGUCCUAUGAACAAUUUUCCACGAUCACCCUCACCUUUCGGCUCCCUCGCGUCGCUUCACGAAAAGGUUCCUUUUCUGCCCGACGAGGAAGAAGGAAAAGAGUCGUUUGAGUCAACUCAUGGGUUGCCUGAGAGGGAACCGCCAUCCCCGCCGCCCUCUCCGCCGUCCGAGCCGCCCCUUCCGUCCCAGCCUCCGCCUCCAUCGCUAGCGCGCGUGGUUACUCGAGCUCGUGAGGACGGAACCACGUCCUUAAAGAGUUCUAUAUUUAAUCUCUCGAACACGAUGAUUGGCGCGGGCAUGAUGGCAUUGCCUGCAGCUAUGAACGUCCUAGGAGUCGUGACCGGGAGUGCAGCGCUUAUCUUCGUGGCGUUAUUAACCUAUGGAUCCGUCAUGGCCAUGGUUCGCUGUACCGUCGCCGCUGCUGCUGCUUCUCCAUCCUCUUCUGAGGACCCUUCGCGGUUUCGGGAAUCUGACACGUCAAAUGACGCCGCGGGAGCAGCAGGAAGAGGCAGAGACGGCAAUCCCAGAGAGCUGGGAAGAAAAGCAAACGCUAGCAAUGGAGGGAAUUUCAGCGGUGUUGGCAGCCGCAGUUUCAGUAUGCGGGAUGAGGAGAAGCUGAGUUAUAACCACACUGUGGCUACGGCUCUGGGAAGCACGGGACGGCUGGUGCUGCAGUUGUCCAUUGUUGUCAACAACCUCGGCCUCAUGAUGGUGUUUCUUGAUAUUAUUGGGGAUGUGCUUGUAGGCAGCGCAACAGGACCUGGCGUUCUGCCACUGGAUCAGCUGCACUUGUCCCCAGACGUGGCCAGAAAGUCUAUCCUCUCUAUAGUCAUUCUCCUUAUUCUGCCUCUCUGCCUACAAGACAGACUCGGGUCCAUGAAGGUCGCGAGCAAGAUAUCAGUGGCCCUGGCAAUUGCCUUCGUGCUGCUCGUGCUGCUGCUGUCUGGAGGGAAGAUUGCAGCUGGUGCUGCCACCAUGCCACCUCUCUUUGCCACGUCUGGCAAUGCCCUUGCCGUUUUCAGCGUCAUCAACGUCGUCACCAACGCCUUCAUAUGCCAUUUCAAUGUGACCCCGCUUUACAGGGAACUCAGGGACCGCUCUCUCCCCUGCAUGCGCAUGCGCUGCUCGGUCAUCAUCACCACCCUCGUCUACCUCCCAUGGCCAAAUAUCUAUACUGUACCUUUCCAUUCCAUCCCACCAGUGACCCCUAUUUACAGGGAGCUAAGGGACCGCUCCCUCCCCCGCAUGCGCACGGUCGUGCGCUGCUCGGUCAUCAUCACCACCCUCGUCUACCUCGCAGUCGGCAUUUUCGGCCUCGUGCUCUUCGGCUCUGAUGUACACACAGACGUGCUCUACGAUUUCGACACAAGCUUGGAUGUCGUUCCAGGAAUGAGCCCCGUGAUCGCGGCUCAUGCGGUUGCGCUGGGGCAGGGGGUGAAGGUGGGGUAUGCGAUUUCCAGAGUGCUUUCGCUGCCUCUGGCGCUGUUUCAGCUGCGGCUGGUUGUGGCGUCGCUGCUGUCGGCUUGUCUGGGAAGGAAAGGGAGAGGAGAGAGGGACGAGGGAAGAACCACAAGCAAUGGCAAAUCUGAAGCUGUAAAUGGGGAAGCUGGUUUCAGCAGCGGGCAGACAAAGGAGAGGACGAGGGUAAAUUCCCUGGAAUAUAUUCAAGUGGAUGGGAAUGAGGAUGGAGCGGAGGAGGUAGGAGAUGAGGAGGUGGGAGAAGAGAGGGACGGGGAGGAGACGGAGGAGGACGAGGAGGAAGGGGAGGAAGGGGAAGAGGAAGAGGAGGACGAGGAAGCAAGGCUUGAAGAGAUUCGACGGGCAGAAGAAAAGGCAACAAAAAGGCGGCGUUUUUGGCGUCAAGUCCGUUUCGUACUCCUUACAGUGUUCCUCCUCGUUUUAGCCUUCUGUGGCGCGGUGCUGGUGCCGGAUAUCUGGAUAGUGUUCCAGUUUAUGGGCUGCACAUGCUGA